AUGUCCAGGCCGGGAAUGCGUACGCUUCGGGCCACGCUGCAAGCACCUGCGGACGAAGACAUCAAACCUUCCUUACUCAAGUACCCACAUCUCACCAAGGAACAACGAACGGAACUAGAAGGAAUAUGGAAAGAGGACAGCAGAAUACCCACUGUGGAGUCUCGCAGGGUGUGGGCGGAGGCACGGAACAUCGAACCUCGCCUGGUACACAACUGGUUCUCUAAGAAACGAGCACGGACCGUACGACUGGGUGUCCCGGUCCCGGCAGGUACCUACGAGCUUCAAAAUAGAGUCGAAGUGGAACUACCUGCGACUCUGCCCUCGAACGCUGCGUAUACAGUCAAACGGGAGCGGUCGCCUUCGCCUUCUCUCUCGCAGCCGGUGAAGAAGCGGCAAAAAACCGCUGGUGCCUCGACACCUCGGACGAUACUGCCUGGAAAGAAAUCUGGGUCGCGAACGAGGAACUCAGUCAAAAUAGAAGACGGUGUUUUUAGAGUCAUACCGGUCAGACACACCCGCAAGCACGCUACAAACCCCCACCCAGCAUGCCUGACCUGCAUAAGGGCGCAUACAGCAACCGUCUCCUACGACCUACCGCCUUCCUCCCCUCCACCGAGCUCUCCUUCAGCUAUACCGGAGUUAACGUUCUCUUCAGAUGCGCCUUCCUCGGACGUCGGUCUCGAAAGCCCUCUCACACCUAUCGCCUCGGAUGGUGAAGAGGCGGAAAUCGAGGCCUACCUCAACCACCACUCCUCGGCUGUCGGCACAGCACGCAUAUACCCACCCCCUCGCAAGCACGUCCCCAGGUCGAUCAAACAGUCCGCGAGAACAGACGCAUAUACCCAUCUCGGCAGCACAGGAGUGCCUUCGACGACCCCGGGCAACGACUUCGAGGAGAUCCUCUCGUUCACUCCGAGUCCCAGUCCAGAGCCUGACGGUCUGCAUGGUCAAGACCUUUCCACCGCUCCCCGGGCCCGCAAGAAACGCAAGCGAGUCCGGUUCUCCGAACAGACUAUGACUUUCCUCGUCGAUCCGUUCCGCUCUGAUCAUCGCUUCUCCUACGACGCCGAGCCCAUCCAGGAAGGUGCUGGCCCUCAUGCCGAGACUUCUUCGUGCUCCUUCUCCAGUUUUGCUCUGGUCCCUGUGCCUGCUGAGGCUUUGUCUGCGUCUACUGCCGUUUCUACGUCUGAGGAAGCCUCUACUCCGACCUCUGGUCCUACGGUUCUCACGUCUACUCCUUCUGCCUCGGCGACGGCUGAGAAAGCUGGGGCUUCCACUUCUGGCUCGUCUGCUCCAGUGUCUACUCCCGCUGUUAUGGUGCCUGGAUCUGCCGGGUCUGCUAUACACUACCCUAGGCUCCAAAUGAACUUUAUACUUGCUAUGCCUGAUGCUGCUUCAUCGACGACCAAAACCAUAUCUCCCGCUUCCGGCCCUGUCGUCCCGCCCUUCACUCCUGCCGCUGCUCCGAGCGUGCCCAUUGCUCCCAAGGAUGUCAUCAUACCUGCUACUGCGUUUACUGAUGAAUCAUCUCCGCCUCAUUCUGAGUUGCACGUUCCUCCUGCUGUCGGAUCUAUCCCUGGGGCCACUCCUUUCUCGUCCUCGGGUCCGCAUAAUCAACCUCUGCACGACGCCUCCCCUGCUCUUGCGACCAAUGACAUGUCGGAAGCUUCUCGCCUCGUUUUCGACCAGCAGUCCGUCUUAUCACCUAUACCGUUUAGGCUACCUCCGUCUCCACUCUCCAUAUACGCCGACGCUUCUAAGGCUGCAGAAGUACUUCCGUUGUCAGGAACGAAUGGUUCGCACGCAGCAUCCUUCGCAAUUGCUGCCCGGGAAGAGGAAGAAGAGCAGGAGGUACGCGCAGCUCAGGAGGAGGAAGAGGAAGAGGAAGAGGAGGUCCUGAAUGAACGUAACAUCGGCCUCCUCCCAGGUUCAUCUGCAACCGUACCCUAUCUCGACGACACGGCGAUUCCUGCACCUCCAGCAAAUGUAACCGAAACCGUGGUACAAGCGGACACUACGACCCAGACCAUGAUUGUGCGAGCCAGGGAGGAAGACGAAGACUCGCGUAUGGACGUUGACGAGGUCAACCACCCGGCGAUGUACAUUGACAAGGAAACAACGCAAGCUGUCGAUCAGAUCAACCCUUCAGCGACAAUCAUCGGCCCUCAGGAGGCGGCCGAACCCUUGUCUCUCAUAGAAUCGGAUGAUGAAGAGCCACUCGCUGUGAUACUGGCUCGACAACGCGUCGUCAAGAUAGAGCGGGAAGAAGUAAACCUGUACAAGACAGAUAAGGGCAAGAAGCGAUCUGCACCCAAGAAGUCCCAACGAAAGGUCAAGGAAGAGAUCAUAGAGGCUGCGGUUUCGCAAGCCGUUGCCCGCGCGGUGAAGCUCAAGAGGAAACGAAAGGCCCCGCCGGCUGAAGAUGCCCUCCUAGUCGAGGCAACAGCGUCGUCUGUAGUAUCCGAUCAGGCCAAACCAGCGACCGCUACAGCAAAGGUGCAGAGGAAACGCGCGAAGAAGAUACGAGUGAAGACAGAGCAAGACGCCGUUGCCGUUCCCGAUGAUAGCGAAGGACGUAGUAGCGCACCUGUGAAGAGAAAGAGGGUUCGCGUAAAGACUGAGUCAUCCGCUGCAGACAACCCGCCAACGACGCAAGUCAAACGUACGCGACGUGCUGGGAAGAAAGCAGCGUCGGACGGAGCUCAGGAAACGCCGAAGGUCUCGACGACAUCCAGAGCCCGUGUUGCUGGACAUGGGCCGGAGGAUGCUAACGCUGCAAGCUCGCGGCCUUCCGUGCAGGCUGCUCCGCUCUAUGUCGAGAGUGACACGCCUCUCAUGUUCGCAACUGUCUAUGGGCCUCAGUCCUAUGUCUUGGGAACAUGUUCGAGCGCGGCUCUGGCCAGCAUGGGCAUUGUCUUCUCUGGCGGUAUUCAAUGGAUGGAAGACGAGUUCGAAUCCAUGGAGCUUAGCGCUUUCUGCUGGAUGAAACCGGUACGUACUGGGCCUACGAAGUCCACUACGGCUAACGAUUCCUUGACAUAGCUAACGGAUGUCUGCCGAGCGGAACCCGGUCGGUCGUCCCGCUGUGGCCUUUACUUGAAUGACUGACGACCCCCUGGUCAAUUCGGGACCCUGCAGAGACCUCCAAAAGCCUGGCAGCUUGCUCUGAUUGGACUCUCAACCCUCUCACCUAUCUCUACGUCGACCUCGGCUUACCGGAGUCUCUUCAAAGCGCGUACGCUAUGCCCAACCGGGUGCACGAAGGCUGGAUCGAUGCUAGUCAAGAAAUCAAUCGCGCUCUCGGAUUGCCGCAAUGAGGGUCGUGUGUAUUACUAGUGUCACUUGCAAUCACUUGCAAACGUGUCCCAUACUUCACUGCGUUACGGCCUUGUCGUUGCUCUCCGAACUCGAGAUCGUCACAUUAAUGUUACAAGUGCCAAUACUAC